GGUAGAAAAGCAGAGAUGUUGGAGGCGGUCAUAAAGGGAACUGUAGAAUCAGAAUCCCAUUAUAUUUACAGUCGACUGGGACACAAUCUCCAAUUCACAAUCAUGGACAUUCUACAGUUCUGUGUGUUUGCAUUGUGUUUUUGUUUGAUGAAAGCACGACUUUACAAAAUUUUCCAAACUGAAAAUGUUGUCCUCAAUGGAAAUACUACUCUCCACAUUGAGGUACCAAAUAUGGAGAGACCAGUCACGUGGAGGUGUGGGACUCGGAAGUAUGAGUGUGACAACGUAUGCUAUAAAGGGGCUGAAUUUAGAGUGACACAGAGUGGAAAUUCUUCUUCUCUCUGGAUCCGAAAGGUAACUAAGGACCUUUUGGAUUGGACAUUUCAUGACAACAACUACAACAUUGGAAAAUUUGAUUUGAAGGCAAACGGUCCGACGAAAGUGGAAGCUUAUGAAAUUAUCCAAAAUGAUAAUGGUGCCCUCAGUGUAAGCUCUACUCUACAGGUUGAAAUACCAAACAUGAAAAGACCGACCGUUUGGAAAUACAACAAUUAUAAAUACGAAUGUGAUCGGACAUGCGCUAACAGCGCCGAAUACAGAGUGACGCAGAAGGGAGAUAUAUCGACUCUUUGGAUCCGAAACGUAACAAAGGAACGAUUGACUUGGAAAUUUGAAGAAGACAACCUCAACUAUGAAAAAUUUGAUUUGAAGAUACACAGUUCAACAAGAACAGAAAUAUACAAAAUUACUCAAAAUGGACCAGUUGCAUUAGGGGGCAGUGUCACACUUCAUAUUGAAGUAGCCGGGAUGAAAAGAAUAGUUGGCUGGAAAAAUGACUAUGGAAGAUAUGAAUGUGAUAUGACUUGUUAUAAUCGUAGUAACCAUGAAGUUACACAAAAUGGUAACUCAUCGAAGCUUUUGAUCCGAAAUGUCACCAAACAAGAUUUGACUUGGUAUUUUUGUGACUUGUAUCUCUGCUCUGGAAAUUAUUCCUUAAAGAUAAAAGAUGAAACAACUAAUGGACCAAGACCCCGCAUACCAGUCUAUGCUGUUGUUAUCCUUUCCCUACUUGGAUUUGUAGUCAUCCUUCUCAUAAUCUGCUUCUUCAUAUACAGAUACAACCCUUGCAACAUGAGGGAAACUUUUGUCACCUACUACACAUCUUGUAUAGAACACUGGAGACAUAGGAAUGUUAUAUAUAGACCACCAAAGACAUAAGAAUGUUAUAUAUAUAUAGUGGAGGCGCAAUGGCCCAGUGGUUAGGGCAGCGGACUCGCGGUCGUAGGAUCGCGGUUUCGAUUCCCAGACCGGGCGUU